UCGCAUCACAUGGAAGGAGAGCCUACCCCCGUUACAGCCCUUCUCCACACCCUUCCUCUCUGUCCUCUCCCUUCCUCUCCUCUCUUCCCCAAAACCCUACUAGCUCUAGUAGAGAUGCUGUAGUCCUCUGAUCUUCUUCAUGUUUUGAGAGGGGGCAUGUACAUUUCUGUGUCCCGCGCUCCAAUUUAUAUUCUGGAUCUUGUGUUUGGUCCAUUCCUUCUUCGAUUUCUGUAUUUUUUUAGAGGGAAUCGAUGGAGGAGAAUUGGUUUUGCCAAUGGAGUGUGAUCCGUUCUCUUCUGGCCAUACUUCAAUGGUGGGGAUUCAAUGUUACUGUCAUCAUCAUGAACAAAUGGAUCUUUCAGAAAUUGGAUUUCAAGUUCCCUCUGUCAGUGUCGUGUGUUCACUUCAUUUGCUCUGCUAUCGGAGCAUACCUGGCAAUCAAAGUUCUGAAGCUUAAACCGCUAAUAGAGGUUGAUCCUGAAGACCGUUGGAGAAGGAUAUUUCCAAUGUCAUUUGUGUUCUGUAUCAACAUAGUGUUAGGAAAUGUGAGCUUGCGGUAUAUUCCAGUUUCUUUCAUGCAGACUAUAAAAUCGUUCACUCCUGCAACAACAGUCAUCCUGCAAUGGCUAGUGUGGAAGAAACACUUCGACUGGCGCAUUUGGGCUGCUUUGGUGCCCAUUGUUGGGGGGAUUCUUCUGACCUCCGUUACAGAGCUUAGUUUCAAUGUAUUUGGAUUCUGUGCUGCCUUAUUUGGUUGUUUAGCUACAUCCACGAAGACCAUCCUUGCUGAGUCUCUACUUCAUGGAUAUAAAUUUGAUAGCAUAAACACCGUAUACUACAUGGCACCUUUUGCAACUAUGAUCUUGGCUGUGCCCGCCCUAUUACUUGAAGGCGCUGGAGUUUUAAAUUGGUUUCAAACGCAUCAAUCUGUUUGCUCGGCACUGAUCAUAAUUUUGAGCUCCGGAGUGUUGGCUUUCUGCCUCAACUUCUCCAUCUUCUACGUAAUUCAUUCCACAACAGCAGUCACUUUCAAUGUGGCGGGUAAUCUCAAGGUAGCAGUUGCAGUCAUGGUCUCAUGGCUGAUUUUCCGAAACCCAAUUCCUAGUUUGAAUGCAUUUGGAUGUGCUGUUACACUAUCCGGAUGUACAUUCUAUGGGUAUGUGAGGCAUAAGCUAUCUCAGCAACCAGGAACGCCUAGAACACCCAGAACCCCGCGGACGCCUCGGAAUCGGAUGGAGUUGCUCCCUCUUGUAAAUGAUAAGCUAGAUGAUAAGGUUUAAAAGGCAUGAUGCUGAUGUUGUUCAGAUUGCUAUAAAAGCUUUAGGCUAUUGUAAUUUUUUUUAUUUUUUUUUUCAAAUUUAUCUCUCUGGCUAUUGAUCUGCCAAGCUGAUAUAAUUUAUAGAGGGUAUUUGAGA